UCCAGCUUGGUUGAGGGGGAGGUGCUGCUGUUGGAGAAGAGGCGGCUAGACCAGGAGUGGGAUUAAGAUAUCAGCUGAAUAAGGCACUGGGUUUCUUGUCACAUCGCUCUCGGGACAUCAACAGUGUCAGCGGACAGGGAGCCAGAUAAAAGAAGAAGGGGAAAACAUGCCGAAAGAGAAGAAAUCCACAGAUUCUUUUGAUGAUGGGAUUGUACAGCUGAAGGAUAUUUCAGUAUGGAGAGAAGAGGCAAAAAAGAUAUACCUGAAAGAAAAGCUGGAGGAUAAAGAACAGGAUGAAUAUUUUCCAUUGAAGGAAAGAGCUGGAGAAGAAGAUGAAGAGGUCUCGGCUCCAAAAACCCCCAAGCUGAAUGAUAAUGUUUCACUCUACCGAGGCGACAUAACAAAGCUGAAAAUUGAUGCAGUCGUAAAUGCAGCAAACAAAAGUCUGCUCGGAGGAGGUGGAGUCGAUGGCUGCAUCCACAGAGCUGCGGGGCCUAAAUUGUUGUCAGCGUGCCGCCAGCUAAAUGGAUGUAACACUGGAGAGGCCAAAAUUACACUAGGCUAUGACCUUCCUGCAAAGCAUGUCAUCCACACUGUGGGACCUGUAGCAAGAGGGAACUGUGAUGAGCGCCUUAAACGUCAGCUGAGAAACUGCUAUGAGACUUCCCUGAAGCUGUUGGAGGCUCAAGGGCUGAAAUCUAUCGCAUUCCCUUGUAUAUCCACUGGUAUCUAUGGUUUCCCUCAAGAUGAUGCAGCUGAAAUUGCAGUGUCGACUAUUAAAGAAUGGCUAGCUGACAAGCAAGCUCUGGUGGAUCGCAUUAUCUUCUGUGUUUUCUUGGAAAGUGACCAUAAGAUCUACAAGGAGAAGAUGCUUCAUCAUUUUCCUAUAGAUGAAGAAGAUCUGCAUGAAAGCUCCCCAACUACAAAGAAGUACAGAAAUAAAGAAUCGUCACAGAAGAGUGAUGAUAAGAUUGAAGUUUCAACAGAAGAAAGCCCUGAUGGUCAAGCAGAAAAUUCACCAAAGAAGACAGAAAUUGAAAAAUGUGUUGAUUCAACUUUGCCUUUAGGUAGUCAAGAUGAUGAGUCUAAACCAAGUGACACGUACAUGGACAGCCAGAUUGAAGAUAAACCUGAAGACAGUGACAUGCUUAGCCAGCCUUGUACCCAAACAGAAGAAAUGGAAAUGGACAACUCCCAAGUUCAGUCAGAGGGUAUGCAGAAAAUGAAUGAUGAUGAAGAAAAUUCUCCAACUCAAGGAGAAGAUAAGGAAAAUAAUGACCGCAUACCCUAUAUUGAUGAAUGUGAAGACGAAAGUGGACAGUGAAGAAUGGCUAGACUUGACUGAAACAAGACGCAUCGAUAUCUGUGAAGGCAGACUGUAACCCCUUUAGACCUCUGGAAGGCGUUUGGUACAAUUUUGUGCUUGGGUUUAGGUAGCCAUCUUGUUCAGUUUUGUGUAUCAGAAUUCUGAGUUGUAUUAUGUUUAGUAACUGUAUUAUUGAAAGAAAUAUUUUGGCUUAAUGAUGUGCUUCUAAAUAAUACUUUCACUGCCUGCAACUGUUGUUCUACUGAUCAAUAGAGCUUGGAUCCAAUAUCAUAUCAGCUUCACAUCAGAUGAAUGAACUGGUUGUAUUCACCUCCAUUACACCAGGUAUAUCACACUUUUGAUUCUGAUUACCUACUUGAAAGUUGAUCUUGAAGCAACCACAGAGUACAAUAUUAAUAUCUCUGUUCAGUGUGUGAUAGUUUUGCCAAACUUCUCCCUCUAAAUCCACAUUACUCAUCAAGCCAUUAAUUUUGUUCGGCUGUUAGCACUAAUUUGAUGGCCAGAUAUUUGGAAUCUUUUUUUUGAGAUAGUGGAUGAAUUUAAAAAGUUGAUCCCCUAGUCCUUUUCUCUUCCCCACCCCACCCCUUUUGGCAGUUCCUCGAUAAGUAAGAUUACUUCUCAGCAUUAAAAGAAAACAAAGAAAAACAUGAUUUGAGUUUCAAGAUUGGCCAGCUAUUCGGUAAGCUUUUCAAUGGCUUUGCAAAUCCAAGAGUGACUGACAUGUUUUAUCACAGAACUAGCAAAUAAUUGAUGGGGUGGUCGCAAGAGAUUGACCUUCUCUCCUCUGUCUAUAUUUCACUUCUUCUUUGGGGAUCCUUUAGAUUUUUCCAAUUCGUUAACUGCCUGCCUACACAUAGAUGGCCACAGUUUGCCAUCUUUGAUGGUUUCCUCCCAUGUUGAUGUCAGUCUCUCAAUUCUAGUAAGUUCAGCUCCUGAGGCCCUAAGCUGUGGAAUUCCUUCCCUAAACCUCUCUGCCCAUCUCUCCUCCUUUAAGACUUUUCUUAAAACCUAUCGCUUUGACCAGUCAUUUUGGGCACCUUGUCAUAAUAACUCAUUAUGUUGUCUCGAUUUCAAACUUUGACUGAGUUCUGCUUCUGUGAAGUGCCUUGGGAUGUUUUGCUGUGAUGUCGAUGCUAUUUAAAUGGAAGUUGGCGUUGUCAGCUCUAGUCCUCCCAUACACACUCACAUCACUGAACAUGAGCUCAGAUUAAAAAUGAAUUAAACCCUGGAGAUGUAGAGUGGGCAGAUUAGCUUCUGAAAAAGCAAAAACAGUCUCUCUAUCUACGGGGGCACUUCCAUUUCCCGUUCAGAUACUGACCAACCUUGCUGUAUACUUGCAGUGGUUUCUGUAUUUUUUCAGAUUUUAAACAUUGGCCGUUUAGCUUUUAUUGCAACCGGUGCUGUUUGUUUUAGAUUCCCACAUGUGGAGAGUUGUAGAGUCACAAUGCAAGCCCAUGAGGCUGCCCUGAGAAUUCCAUUGGGGAUAGGACACUGUUAUGUCCAUGUUCCCUAACAUCCCAUCAUAGGGACAGCUCUGCUCCCGAUGCAUUGCCCUGGGAAAUGAAACUCAUUCCAAAAUAUUUCAGUGGCUUUAUUUUCCCCGAGGUUGGUUUUGAUUUAUCAGAUCUUCAGGGAGUUUAAACAGCAAAGUCAAAUGUGGUGGUAGCGGUGAGGGAAAUUGACUCCAUUUAAUAAAAGAAAGUGUAAAGUAUUAAUAGCAGCUACUAAUAGUUCUAACUAAUUGGUCAUAACCUUUUAGUUGACUUGAAAAAUCAUCCUGCAACUAAAGCUAUGACUCGCUAUUUGCUGCCAGCUAUUAGUUUGCAAUUGGAUAGUUAUUUGCAAAUUGUAAAUGCAUGUCUGAUAACUAAAGCUGGAGGAUAGUAUGUUUCUGUAACACUAGAGAUAAUUCAGCAUUGAUGCGGAGCUAUUCAUUGUCAUCAAUUGGCAACUCCAGUUUAAUUGACUAAAAUAUUUACCAGUUACUUAAAGAGUCAGAUUUAUUUCAGCCAUGUCCUCACUGUGAUAUAUCAUAGCUCAUUUGACAGGACGGGUGUUAGUUAAUAUUCCUCUCGGGCUUCUCUCUCUCUCUCUCAGCCAACAUUGAGCUGCUCACUAGGGCUGGAGAAGAGUGAUAUGGGUCCCCUAAUCCUCUCCCUUUUGUCUGUCCCAUUUUGCUCUACAUGGAGAAAUGUUUUAGUCAUCUUCAGUUCCUCUGUCACUUUUUUUUUAACUUAUUCUGGCAUCUCUGGCGUUACAGAUGCAUGUAACAUUGCACAAAAAUAUCAUUUAUGCCCCGCCCUACCGCCUCAACAUUUUAGAUAUUGGCUCUACAUACUUUUUAAAUAAACUUAUAAUUCACAUUUCAAAGAAAUGAAUUUUACUGGCCUUGGCCCAAAUGUAUUUAUCUAAAAACCCUCCACCACUUUUAAAACAAAAAUGGACUGUGUAGGAGAUUUUUGUUUAAUGAAGCAAGUAAGUUAGCUGUGAAGCUAAUAAUUACCAGAAUCAAUAUUUCCUAUUGGAGUAAAUGGAUAUCAGUUAAGUUUUGGGAAGUACAUUACCUUGGUAUAUUUCCUCUCCAGCAAAUUAUAACUGGUACAAUGGGGGCUUUCGAAACUCAAUGGAGUCAUGUAGAAGUAUCUAUUAAUGUGUGCCCAUUAACAUUCUCAAUAUGACAUGCUAAAGCAACAUAUUUCAGUUUCAAAUGGCCUUAAUUAAAUCUGAAAUCAUAGAAUGGUUACAGCACAGGAGGAGGCCUUUCAGCCCAUUAUGUCUAUGGCAGCUCUCUGCGACAUCAACUCAGCUGAUCCCAUGCCUGCAGCCCUUCUGUCUUCAGACAAUCGUCCAAUUUGAAAGCCAUAAUUGAGUCCCCCUCCAGCACACACUCAGACAGUGCAUGUGGAGUUUUACUUGGAGCUGGUGUACCUGGUCACUACCUUUCUCCCUCCCGACACAGCAUGCUUGGCCAGCAGCAGGCACAUGGCUGUCUGAAUCUCCUGGGAGCUGAUAGUGCUACGCUUGUUGUAAUGGGCCAGGCGGGAAGCCUCACCAUCGAUGUGCAAAAAAUAUAACCAUGUUCUUUACAAAAAAGGUGCACAAUAUCAGGACAAGGUCAUUUCUAAAAAACGAAAGACCAAUAUCCACCUAUUUCACUUUCUACCAUCCUGGGGUUCAAAUGAUAGUCAAGCUGUUGCCAGUAAUCGAUCUCUAUCAAUGAGUCUACAAAGAACCCAGACAUGAGGUGAGGAAAACCAGAGGGGUAGAGAGCUUUGGAACCCAUAGGUCCAAAGUCACCGGUUUCUCACAAGCCAUGCUCCACUCACCACAAAUCACAACUUUAAAUAUUAUGUCCCGAAAUGUUAUUUUCUAAAGAAAGCUAUCAAGUUUGCCUUUGAAUAGAUCGAUAUUCACUGUUUCCACCGUCUCCCUGGGAUGCCUGUUCCAUUGAUUGAUCACUGACUUUAUUGAAAUAUCGUUUGCAUAGGUUAGUUGUGAACUUACCACUCCCCCUGCCCCCCGUAACCCCCCCCACCAAACAUCACCCCCAUCCAUCAUCACCUCACCUCAAGCUCAGGCUGUGUCCUCUGGUUCUCUUGUUCUUGUCAAGGUGAAAUAGCUCUAAAUCCUUCAGAAACCUAAAAACAGUAAUCAUAUCAACAGCUGGGCCACAUGGCCUCCUCCUGUGCUGUUUGCUUCUAUGUCACCUCUCAAUCUCCCCUUUUUCAGUGAGAUCACGCCCGAUUUAGAAUAGUCACUCUUUAUAGUUCAAUGCCUCCAUCCUCUCAGUUGCUCUCAACUGCAUCCUUUCAAUGGCUGCAGCAUUCUUUUAAUAAGGACUAUACAGAGUAUUCUAGGGGCCUGUCUCAGAAACACCCUUCAGCAUUUUUGAGAAUGAACUUUGAUUUAUUUUUAAUAGCUUAAUAAUUUUACUGAAAGUUUGAGUUUUUUCUCAAAUUGACCAAGAACUUAAAAAAAAAGGUGCAUCUGGGUCUUAUCUGACAAGGAGAUCAUUAAGGAGAAUAAAUGCAGCUAUUGGUCUUUUACUCUGCCUUCAUUUCCAGCUCAUGUGCUAUGGGAAAAGAGGGCUGGGUAAUCCUGGCAGCUAAUGCUGGCUACCUUCCUAAUCGGAAAAGGCUUUAGCUCACUGCUCUUGGAUAUAGCUAUUUUGCUCAAGGAUACGCUGCUAAGGACAAAAGAAGGUAAUCCACUUCAUAGAAUCAUAGAAUGAUGCAGCACGGAGGGUGGCCACUCAGCCCAUCAUGUAUCUGCCGGCCCUUUGAUAAAGCUAUCCGAUCCUGAGAAAUCUGCAGCUGUCGACUCAAGUCCACAGAACAGCAUCUGACAGAAUUCGCCCCGUUGUUUCUGAGACUGACUCCUCCUGGUAAUGAACUCAAACGUCAGGUUCUGGUGUGAUGGCGUUGGUGGAAAUCACGGCGAUACUAUGAGGUGUGACACACAGACUUUGGGGUAGAUCGUGACUUUACGUUGGCAAUGUAGAACGGAUGUUAUCGAAUCGGCAGCCAGCUUCACAUCUCUCCUGAUUAUUUUUAUUGGAAAUAAAACUCGGCGGAGGAGACGUAAAGUAGGUUGCUGACUCGCUAUCGGCCGUUCUAUUCUAUCACUCAAAGUCUACCCUAUUGAGUCAUUAUCUGGUCUGAUAUGAAGACUUGUUUCCAAACCUACAGUUCAAAGCUCCAGAUUUUGUCUGAUUUACAGCAAAAAUGUUCAGAACACAUACUUUAUUGGUUUUAUGCAUCCUGUAAAACUACACUUUGCAGUGCAUGCUUGCUUUGCUUUAGACUAUAUUUAGAUAGAUGUCUUACUUUCCAUAGGCCUUUCUGGAAUACAAUAGUUUUUUUUUCCCUUGGAUGCUUUAAGAUUUGCCUUACCUGAUGGUAUGUAAUAAUAACUGGCAGUUGUUGCUUGUAAACUUGGGACAAGUGGAUCAAACUGGAGACUAACUUGCUGAUCUACUGCCUUGUUGUCAACCUGUUUAAUAGCCAGCAUUACAUAAUCAAGAAAAAUUUUUUCCUCUUAUUCUCUCUUUGUGCCAUGAAUUUGAAUUGUUAUCAAUAGAAAAUGAAACCUUCACAUUAUGUCUGUUAAAUAAAAUGAACGAUAAUAGCA